GGUUGAGUAAAGUCCUCUGUCUGAUUGGACAUCACUCGUGAUGACGUUAAUAUCAAUAUUGUCCAAUCAAAACACAUACUUUAAGAAACCUUAUUUGCCUCGUUUAAAACGGAACUGCAAGUUUAGCCGGUGGCCCAACUCAUUUUUCGCGGUCAGCAACGGCUAUAAAAUGUGCGUUUUUGUGCUUUGAGAUAUUUCUUGUGUAAGUCACAGGAACUCCUAUAAUGUCUGGACGCGGCAAGCAGGGCGGUAAGACUCGCGCCAAAGCCAAGACCCGCUCUUCCCGGGCCGGACUCCAGUUCCCCGUGGGCCGGGUGCACCGCUUGCUCCGCAAGGGCAACUAUGCCGAGCGGGUCGGAGCCGGCGCCCCGGUGUACCUGGCGGCGGUGCUGGAGUACCUGACCGCCGAGAUCCUGGAGCUGGCGGGCAACGCGGCUCGCGACAACAAGAAGACGCGCAUCAUCCCGCGCCACCUGCAGCUGGCCAUCCGCAACGACGAGGAGCUCAACAAGCUGCUGGGCAAAGUCACCAUCGCUCAGGGCGGCGUCCUGCCCAACAUCCAGGCCGUGCUGCUGCCCAAGAAGACCGAGAGUCACCAGAAGGCUAAGGGCAAAUGAGGAAAAGGCUCCUAUGAAAAUGAGUGUCUUCAAGAACAGUUAAGGCUGAUUUCCUAAAGUUCC